AUGUCGACAAUAAAAGCUUCAAGUGAUAGUGAUGGUCCUAUAAUAACUGAUAACAUAAUAAGGAUUCAAUUGCGGAAACCUUGUCAAAGGAAACUUCGAACACGAAAUCUCUCUCCGGGGAUAAAAUUUCCCACGAUACAACUUUUUGAUUGCGACGGAAAUCUUCUCGUCGAAACAAAUAACGACAACAUAUCUAUAAAGAGCUCAGGUUUUGAUGAGCGCACUUUGAAAAUGAGUCAGUCAUUAAAAGAGAAAGAUUACAAACAUAACACAAAUAAAAAGUCAGGUAUAAGGAAACAAAAUACAAUAUCUGGCGGUAAAGUGUACACUCGUGUUUAUAUUCCUAUAUACGAUAAUGAAAUUAAAAUACGAAAUAGCAACUAUAGUAACAUGAAUUGUGAUGGCGAUAAUGAAUCAAACAUUCCAAGUAAACUUAAACUAAUUAAAACUAUUCCAUAUGUACAUACAAAUAGUUUAGAUACCACUCCAUAUCAAUCUGACGGUCUUAGCGAAGUAAGCAGUUAUAAAAGUUCAGACAACGAUACAUAUGACAGUGGACAAAAAAAAUCAAGGAAUAAUGAAUCAACAAUUGAAGACCGUGUAUGUUCACAAAAAAGUUACAAAAGUUCAUCGGUCUCAUCGUUAAGUGAAAUUGAUCAAAAUAUUAUACCACCCUUCGAUGAAAACGAGAAUACUUUGCGGUUACAUAAAUCGAAAUCUUUCAACGACACCUCAAGAGAUGAACUUCAUAACUACAGACCUAAUAUUGUGCAGCGUUCUAAAUCUGGUGUUAUGUACCUUCCCUCACACAGAAAAGAUUAUUUUCUUAAUACUUACUUUAAAAGUUUACCUGCUACAAGAAACCAUAAUCCGGAUUGGUUUACAAUACAUCAACACCCACCAAUUGAAUUUACGGGAAAUUCUCUCGCACCGGUGAAGCACAAAGAAUUGCCAAAAUUUCCAGCGGAUAAAUCGUGGCGCUCCUGUAAAAUAGACGAUAACAUGUCUGACAAUGAAUUCAUUAAUAUUCCAACGGACGAUGCCGCGGAUCGUGAAAUGAAAAAGCGUUUAAAAAUGUACAGACGUGGUCUAUCAGAAAUUGAAGUGAGAAAACGAAUCUUUAACACAUUCUCAAAUGACCGCAGACAUUCUGUUACUGGCGCAAUGGAGAUAGGCUAUCACACCUCAUCUUCUGAGAGUGUAGACGAAGCAGACUUAGUACUUAACCGGCUAAAGAGGAGGAUACUCAAGAACAAGAUAAGAGAAAAAAGACGAACUCUCGGAGAAAAGUUUCAGUUUAAUCGACAAAAGUGCAACGAUAAGGAGCAGUGUACAUCCGUAAAGCGGCGCCAUGAGGUCGGCGGGACCCACGUGAGGUCCCGCCACGCUAUGGGCUCCAACAUCAGCCAACACUCGGCCAAGGGACUGAAGGGCCGCCGCGCCAGAUCCAGCGGAGACCUGUGCAAUGGCGACAGCAAAAGUCAGACCGAAUCGUCGGUUUGUGGCUCUGUGGUGGGUGACGUCAUGGGGUGGAAUCGGUCACUACCGAACCAUCUAGACGGCAACCGACAUCUGGCGGAUUAUAGCAGAGUCAAUAAUAACUACGGAGAAUUUGCUACAUACAACCGUAGUCAUUCGAAAGGAAGAGGACUACGUUACAGGGUGUCUAAAUCUGGUUCAGAUGCAGAGCCUGUGUGGAAACUCCAAGAUCCUGGUUUCGAUCAAGGUUACGGUUCUGAACGAUCGCCUGAAGAUGACUACGUACCGCCUAUAAUUCCACCAAUCUCACUGGAAGCAUAUGAAACUGAGCUUCGUGCCGUCUAUCCCUUUAUCAAUGAUGAGAAUACAUUUACCGUGGUGGUGGAGAAGGAUGGACGAGGUUUGGGUAUGUCAGUGUGCGGGGGCGGAGGCCUGGUGAAGAUACGAAGACUGUACCCACCGCAACCAGCGUGGAGAACGGGACGCCUCGCACCGAGGGAUCUACUCCUGUCAGCUAAUGGAGUGCCUCUAGCUGGACUUAGUACUUACGAAGCUCUAGAGGUACUGCGGACAGCGUCAGCGAGGGUGGAACUCCGGGUAUGCCGGCCACCGCCGGACACAUUAGAGAGUGUCACACCGCCCGACCCACCGACACCGCCCACCCGCACCCCGCACCCCCCUAAUUUGCCGCCGCUAGACCCCCUCAACUGCCAUCCAAUGCAUGCCAGAUUAUCUCAAACUACCAGCAGCGCGACAACCUCCUCAUCGGAAGGUAGAGGGAGAAGAGAAGCGAGCCCGGAGGCAGAACGGCGCGACCUUCGACUACCGGAUCUAGGUAGACCUCUUCCUGUAUACGACGUGCAAUAUGGGAAUGACGGAUCUGUGGAAUUUGACAUAGUCAUGACAAAAGUGAACGGCUCGCUUGGAUUCACGUUACGGAAGGAAGAUCAUAGCGCGCUGGGGCAUUACGUGCGCGCGCUAGUGCGGGAACCAGCACUAAGUGAUGGCAGGAUACAGCCUGGUGACAGGAUAGUGGCGGUCAACGACACGUCAAUGUCAAGUAUGUCGCACGCGGAAGCUGUAGCGUUUCUGCGAGCGUGCGGCUCCGAAGUGCGACUACGAUUGUACCGGGACCACGCUGCGACGCCGCUCUCUCCGAUGUCGCCUAAAGAAGAGGGCCCUACAGAUUCCGACGGCCCAACCAAUAGGCCCAAACCACCACUCAGAGCUGAAGCAGUAUCAAUGCUGUGCGACUUGGCGGCACGUAGACUGACGCCUGACACCGUCGACGGCUCCCGUUCGCCUUGUUUGUCCCCGCGAAAAUUCCGCAAACUCACAAAAGAGACCAACCACUAUGAACAGCCAAACGAUGUUCCGAGUACCAUUGCGGUAACACAGUCGGAAAAUUCCCAAGUAGCUCAAGAGGUGAGACGCCCUCAGCGCGCGCAAACUGUGACACUCGCCAGCCCGACGGCUCCACCUUCUUGUAGAAAACAAAAGUUAAGCCUGACAGUGCCACCGCAUGGAUACGAGCUGAACAAUCUAGACAACGACGCUCUGGACGCGCCUAAUGUGUAUAAAGAAGAUUUGAGUAGGCAGCGAUAUACCGAACCAGUUUUCCCUGUGGACUCGGACGAGCCUGUGUCGAUGCCAGUAGAUCUGUCCAGUGAUGAUACUAAAUUCAAACACUCCAAUCCUGGAUACCAGAGUGCAGUUCUGCACUGUACUAGUAGUGAUACAACCGAUGGACAUAAGGAUGACAAUAAUGGCUUAAAGAAAUGGAAAGGAGUCGCAUUGUCGCCAGAUAACGAGAGGAAGACAAUGGAGCCGCCGCCGCCUAUGGUCAAGGAUAUCCAUACCGUCCAGAAGGAGAACAUCAAGCCUGAAGAUCUGACGGACGACGCCAGUACUGAACCUACAAUAGUGACCGUGGAACUGAAUCGUGGAUGGAACAGCCGACUUGGAUUUAGUGUACAAAGUCACCCAGAAUCAGGGCAAAGCUACAUCUCAGCCGUCUACAACGACAGUGUGGCUGCACGCGACGGUCGUUUGCAGCGAGGCGAUGUUAUAUUACAGGUAAACGACGAAAAUGUCACUUCAAUGAAGACCCCAGAAGUAAUUGAUCUCUUACGAAUACUACGAGGUUCUAUUUGCAUCACGGUACUGCGACCGCCCAACCCACAAACAACAUAGCGUGAUAACAACCUUAUAGUGUAAUAGACAAUUUUGGGACUAAGUGUAAAAUACUUCUAAGAAUCUCAAAUAUACCGCGAGCGUUCCUAUUCAAGAGUCGCCUAAAAUCCUAAAUCCUCCAAUUUAAGAAUCUAUUACAUGUAAUUGCAAAAUUAUAUUAGUUUAUAAAUAUUGUAAUGCCGAAGUUCUAUUUUUGAAUCUAAUUUCUUGUGUAGUGUUCUAACUCAUCAUAGCAAAAGAACACAUCUAGCUGCUAGAGACAUAAAAUUUUCUGUAUAUUGUGAGAUUAUUGUAUAUUGCCUGUUUACUAACGCACCUAAUCAUCAAAGUCAUUAAAUCUAAAUUACAUAAUUAAAUAUGCUUAAGAUUGAUAAUUAAUGACGAUUGAUGGUGCUAUCCACAAUCUAGAAAUAUUUUGGUUGGUUUUAAUCCUUAAAAAUGAUAACAUAUAUGGCAUAAUAUCAACGUUUGUAGGUAAAUCUAGAAAUCUAUGAUACAUUUAAUCACGCCGCCAUUGAUAAUUUCUGUAGUAAUAAUGCACAAUAAGGAAUGGCAAUUUAUAGCAAUGGAAUGAUCAUAAUAUAAAAUUAACAAUACAAUAAGCAGAGAAUAAUGAAUGGAAUCAAUGUAAUGUACAAAGUUCAAGUAUUCAAAUUAGAAACAGCUUCAUUGUUUAGCUUAAUUUCUAACUUCUAUAUCGAUACAAACAUUAAUACUUAAGGGUGAUGCCAUCUAUCAGGUUUUAUAUAUUUAUUCGCAGUACUAUUCAGCUCAAAAAUUUAUUUCAAUCCUUUAUCUUAUAUAAAAAAGUUGAAUUCACAUGUAAUUUCAGAAUUUAUUUGCGAUCAAUAGUGAGGUGAGAUAAACAAUACACAUUUUUCUUUAUUUA